GUCUCUCCAAGAAUAAUAUUAUUAUUAGCUGAUUCCGAAUUAGAGUCAGUACUGUUACGUACCUGAAAGGAGCAAACUCAUUUGUGUAUAGACAGAAUUCGACUGUUGGUAUAUUACGAGAAUUUCCUUCUAUCAUUAUUCUCCGCACAUAUACCGAAUCGACGUUUGAAGAUAUGACGUUGGCGAGAAUAUUAGGUUUCAUUUUUGAGAGAAGUCAUUUGAUUGCACAAAAUGUGUUAUUUCGUCGUAACAUUCCUCCCUACUUAAAAUGCAGCCCUUGGUUUCACACGUCGAAGACACCUGUGAAUAUGAAUAUCGAGUUUAGUCGACGGUAUGGAAAAACAAUGGAUCAGAAAAAUGAGGAAACCAAAGAAAAUAAAGAAGAUAAUGGAACUAAGAAAAAUAAUAAACAUAAUUGGAGUAAUGGAUUGGAUGGAUGGAUUAUACAUAUAGCAAUCGGAAUCAACUGUUUAGUAUCUUCAAUAAUAAUUCUCACAACUAAAUGUAGGAAAAAAAAUCCACAUUCCAUGUACAUAAAUACUCUGAUACAUUGCCGUAAGGAUUCUAAGAUUGUGGAUGUUCUCGGAGAACCUAUUGAAAUAGUUCCACAAAAAAACCGUGUCGCACACAUUCACGGUCGUCACAAGAAAGACGGCUGGUUUUAUGAAAAAUUCACGUUUGACAUAGCAGGACCGAAAGCACGGGCACUGGUGGAGGCCGAACUGAAGCAGAUUACGGAUAACGAAUAUAAGUAUACGAAAUUGCAUGUUACGGUGCCUAAAGUCGGAACAUUUGAAGUGAAGCCUGACUCGGUAUAUUUGAAAGAAAAUUACCCGAAAUAUUUGAGAAUUCGAGUUUAAUUGUUUUGGGAUCACUGUUCUAUGACUAAUAAUUAUUGUACAGUAUAAUUAUGUGCGUGUUAUUUUUUAUAUAUAUAUUUUAUGUAUAAUAAUAUAAUAUAAAUUUAUAAUAUUAUAUAUUCAUAUAAGUAUAAAAGUAAUAAUAAUAAUAAUAAUAAUUUCAUUAAUUAUUGUUAUUAAUAUUACUAUUACUUUUUAUUUAUAUCAUGUUUUGUAUUAUUCGAGUGAAUGUUACUGUUAUUUGGAGUAAACUUUUUUUUUUGUUCUGGUAACAGUACGUUAUAUCAGAUUUACUAUUCAAUAUUGCAUGAAAGUAUUUACUUGAAAAGUAACUAACUUUGUUUCAUUUUCGAGAAAAAAAUUAACUCUAUAUAAAUAAAAGUCAUUUGAUUUUGUAUGAAUUGCAAUAUUGCAAAUAUGAAUAGUAAAUCUGAUAUAACUGACAUACUGUUACCAAGAACAAAAAAAAAGUUUACUCCAAAUAGCAGUAACAUUCACUCAAAUAAUACAAAACAUGAUAUAAAUAAAAAGUAAUAGUAAUAUUAAUAACAAUAAUUAAUGUAAUUAUUAUUAUUAUUGUUAUUUUACUUUUUGAAUGGAAUUUCAUUUGCAGAAAUUUAAAGAGUUUGAUUAUAUUUUAUUUGUGACUCUUCUUUACUAAAAGAUUGAUAUACUGUUCACUUUAAAACAUAUUUCUUAUUAUAUUUUUUAUUAUUUUGAUGAAAGUAACGGGAGAUUUCAGAGUAUAGAUUAAUCACUGUCUUUUAAGGAGUUGUAAAAAUUAAUUAAAUUUUAAUAAAAAUGUGAUUAUCAUCGCAA